AUGGGUAAAAAAGGAAAAAUUGGAAAGCAGAGAAAGGAUAAAUAUUAUCAAUUAGCCAAAGAAACGGGUUAUAGAUCACGUGCAGCUUUCAAGUUAAUUCAACUAAAUCGUAGAUUCGAGUUUCUUCAAAAAUCUCAAGUAUGCAUAGAUUUGUGUGCAGCCCCUGGUGGGUGGAUGCAAGUGGCAAAACAAAAUAUGCCAACAUCAUCUAUAGUAAUAGGCGUUGAUUUAUUUCCCAUCAAACCAAUACCCGGUUGUAUUAGUUUAGUCGAAGAUAUUACAACUGACAAAUGUAGAGUUGCAUUAACUCGUGAAUUAAAAACUUGGAAAGCAGAUAUUGUUCUAAACGAUGGAGCACCCAAUGUUGGUAAAAAUUGGUUACACGAUGCAUACCAACAAGCAGUUUUAACAUUACAUGCUGCUAAAGUAGCCACACAAUUUUUAAGACCUGGUGGAUGGUUUAUUACUAAAAUAUUCAGAUCAAAAGAUUAUAAUCCAUUGAUCUGGGUAUUUAAACAAUUGUUCAAGAAGGUACAUGCAACAAAACCUCAAGCAUCUCGUAGUGAAUCAGCUGAAAUUUUUGUAGUCUGUAAACACUAUAUUGCACCUGACAAGAUAGAUCCUAAAUUUUUAGAUCCAAAAUAUGUAUUCUCAGAAUUACAAUUAGAACCUACGAACAAGUUGGACGUUUUUCAUCCAGAAAAACAGAAGAAAGCAAAGGCCGAAGGAUAUCCAGAAAAUGAUUACACGUUGUAUCAUCCAAUUUCUGUCAAAGAUUUUCUCAAUUAUGAAAAUGCAGUAGAAGUACUUGAAAAAAUAUCUGAAAUAAUAUUAAACGACGAUGAAAUAGCAAAUCAUGAAAAAACAACGAAGGAAAUAAAAGAAUGUUGUAAAGAUAUCAAAGUACUUGGCCGUAAGGAAUUUCGUUUGUUAAUUAAUUGGUGGAAAGCUAUGAGAAAAAUAUUUGUCGAAUCUAAAUUGGAAUCAAAAGAUGAAGAAAAAGAAACAACGGAAGAAACACCCAUGCCUUUAACUACCGAUGAAUUAGAAGAUUUAGAAGAUAAACAAAUUAUGGAUGAAAUAGAAAAGGUUCGUGCAGAAGAACAGAAAGAAUUGAAACGAAAGAAGAAAAAAGUUGCAAAGGAAAGACAAAAGUUGAACGAACGUUUGAAUCUUAAAAUGAUUCAUAAAGGAGAUGAAGGACCCAAAUUGGAAGAAGAUGAUAUGUUUAGUUUAACCCAAAUCAAGACCCACGAAGCAUUGGCAACUGUUACAGAUCAAAGUCCUGAUUUUGUAGCGGAAAGUGAUCAUGAUUCUGAUGAAGAUAAAAGGAAACCGAAGAAGAUAGCAUAUGAGAAAGAUAAAGGACAUUUGGAUAGUUCUGGGUUGUUUUACAAAUCAGAUGACAGUGAAUCUGAAAAAUCUGAUGAUGAAAGCACCGACAGCGACAAAUCUGGAUUAGGUUUCAGUUCGUCAGAAGAUGAAGAAGAUAAGAAUGACAAGAAGAAACGUAAAAAAAAGGUACAAACAAAGAUUGAAGACGACGAAGAAACCAAUCCACUGUUAACCGAUCUCGAUUAUAGAGAUAAAAAGACUAAAAGAAUUCAUCGAGCUCAAUUAUGGUUCGAGAAAGAUGUGUUUAAAAAUUUGGAGGAUGAGAAGGAUGAAGAUUUUGAAUUAGACAAAAUGAUUGAAACUUAUAAGAAAAAGGGUGGCAAAAUUAUAGGAGAAGAGAGUAAGAAAAUGAAACCAAAAGAAGACGAUGAUGUUGAUGACACCAAUAUGGAAUCAAACGUUGAGAGUGACGAUACGGAUUCUAACUACGACAUGGAAGAAAUGAUGGCACCAGAUAAACCAGUUAAAAAAGUAGGAGGAAAGGAUGGUUUUGAAGUAGUUUCGAAAGAACACACUACUGACAAAAUGAAGAAACGAAAAUUAUCUGUGCAAGAUUUGGCAUUGGGUUCUCUUAUGGUUCAAUCAAAAAAAGCUCGACGAGAUUUAAUCGACGGUGCUUGGAACAGAUAUGCAUUUAAUGAUACUAAUUUACCAGAUUGGUUUGUACAAGAUGAAGAAAAACAUAUGAAAAAAGAUGCACCUGUACCGAAGGAACUUGUAGAAGAAUAUGAAAAGAGAGUUGAAGAUCUCAACGUUAGGCCGAUCAGAAAGGUUUUGGAAGCUAAAGCUAGGAAGAAGAAACGUGCUAUGCGUAAAUUAGAAAAAGCUAAGAAGAAGGUGGAAAAUUUAAUGGAGAAUACUGAAUUAAGUGAACGAGAAAAAUCACGACAAGUUAGAGCCAUAUAUAAGAAAGCUCAUAAAGAACCGAAGAAAGAAGUGACGUACGUAGUCGCGAAAAAGCACAGCACCCAAAAGAGAGCAGUAAGGCCACCAGGAGUAAAGGGCAGAUACAAAGUGGUUGAUCCUAGAAUGAAGAAAGAUAUGCGAGCAGCUAAAAGUAAAGAAAAAACAAAAGGACGAGGUAAAAAAAAGGGUCACGGGGGUAAACCACCUAGAGGAAAUUCUAGAGUAGGAAAGGGAAAGAAAUUUAAAUAAUUGUAUAUACAAUUAAUUUUUGUUAACUCCAAUGAUAUAUUACAAAUGUAUAAUUUCAUUCAAAAUUUCAUUUGUAAUAUAUAUAUAGUUGUUUAUAAGAUCUUAAAAUACGCUUGGAAAGCAAAGCGUAAUUUCAUUUAUACAAAGACAUAUUUCUUGUAUAUACACAUGUAAUAAUUUAAGUAUAAAACGAACGAGUGGUGUCAACAAGCCAUUACAGUUACCUGACCCUGACCUUAACUGCAUUUACUUUUUCUUUGGCUUGACACGAAAUUUCAAUCAGAACAAAUUUCGCAAGCCAUGCGUUAUCAUUUAAUAAAUAUAUUAUGAUUUAUAAAUCAUUUUAUCUUAUGUUUUUUUUUUGCUUUUCUUAUUUUUCUUUAUCUUUAAUUACAUUAGAUAACAAUUAUCUGGUGGAAAUAAAUCAACCGUUUAUUAAUAAUUAAAUUGAGAUGAUUAUAGCUUGGAGGGCCGAUACUCUUCUCGGCAUUCGGUCAAAUACGACCUUGAUUUAUUUCAGGAUACUUUCGUCGUACGUGUCUCUAUGUAUAUAUAACUAUUUUACGUACAGGUAUAGAAUGAACACAUAUGUAUUAUAUAUAUAUAUAUAUGUGUUUGUAGAAUAUGUCACGUAGCGCCGUCCUAUUUUUUUUUUUU